AUGUUCCUUCACGCUCUCAGACUACACAAACGAGAGCCUCAAAGGCAAGAUGGAACCGAUAAUCUGCCUUCGAGCAUUCCGAACCCCACGGCCACUUUACCACAAUCAAUCGUUCCAACCGAUGUCACCGCAGACCCUUCUGCAACGGCUCAAAUCGCCACGGCCCAACAAUUGUCCGGGCUCACAACCAUCACAGACACUCAGACGUUGGUGGAAAGCAUAACAAGUCUCAACAUUAUGUCAACCGUGACCAGCGAAAGAGUCAAAACGAUUACCGACCCGGCCGAAUACUCCUCCCUCACAGCAGCAGCAGCACUAUCUUCCUCGACGACGGCACAGUCUACCAGUUCCAAGAUCUCCGCUGCUGCCACGAGCAGUGCUGCCGCCCAAAAAUCGUCUUCGAACCUCAGUACCCUCAUCCCGGCGAUUGUCGUCCCCAUAGCUGUCGUCCUCUUGGCAUCGCUGGGCCUCUUUUGGUUCUUUAUGCGACGAAGACAUAAGAGAGAGUUGGAGAGGCAGCCGGAGUUUGUCAUGGCUGGUAAAGGAGAAAAACUGAGCAGCCGCUCGAACAGUAGCAGAUCAGCCACAUCAGACACAUGGACUGCGGAGAGGAAGUCACCUGCGGUGAACCAAACAGAAUUGACAUCGACGAAAUCUCCUCCGACAACCACGUCCGAAUGGCCAUCUCCACAGAUUGGUGUUGCUCGACCACUAACACCGCAAGAAUCGGAGUCUGCUGGGCAACAUCGACCAUUUGACCCACCAAGGCUUGGAACUGCAAAUUCAGAACCCAAGCCAUACAGGAAUUUCAGCGGACCAGGAGCCGGGCCAGGACCCAGACCUGCUACAUCUGGACGACCUGGACCACCAUCAAGCAGAGACCAGGGACAGCAUCGAAACAGAAACAACAGCACCCCCGGCCAGAGAGGACCACCAUCGUCAAGAUCGGGCCCCAGUCCAACACCGAGAACAACUCCAAGUCCUGUCCUUCGGAAUGGACCAAGCCCUGGACCACCUCGUUUGGGUCCCAUUAAAUCUCCCCAAGGAUUACCAGGGAACCCGCGGCCAAAUGCGACUACACCAUCCGCGGCUUUCCGUCUACGAGAUCCUUCUCCGAGUAUGAAUCACAACGUACGGGCACAAGCGCCAUCACGACUUGAGGCUCCCCCACCAGGUGCUUACAAUGGCGCUUCAUCAAUCUCUCAAUAUUCGCCCAUAGUCAAAGAGACUCCUAAUAUACCAAAAGGCCCCGGCGCAAAACGAAAUCCACUCCCACCGCUGAAUACCUCGAAUAUGUCAGAGUCUCGGCCCAAGCCACCUAACUCCGCCAGCCCACGAGGCAAUAUUUUAACCGAGGAGAAUCUUCGAAUUGCCCGAUUGGCCAAUUCUUCUCGUCUCGGCUAUACCCCUGGAGAGCCGAGCCCAUCACCCAAAUUACCUCCUCCUGCCACUCGUUCACAAUUAAUACCUCUCGAGAGUCCCAAGGAUCAGCAGGACCAUUUCUUUUCAGGAAGCGGAAAUGGCAACUCUUUACCACAAAGCCGCGCGGCCUCAUCCCGAGAUGACUACCACGGGAACGCAGAACGAGUCAGCAUUGUGUCAGAGCCCGACGAAUACGAAGACAUCGCCGCCAAGUCAGACGUUAGCAGUCUGAAUGAAUUUGAACGCUUUGACUUCAGCACCGAUGCUGGUAGUCGAGGUGGCAGUGCUGCAGGUGGAUCAUUGAACUAUUUCGCCUCGCAAAAUAAUCCGGCUAGCGAGAGAGGAAGUCCUUUUGGAAGUGUCGGGACUCAUGAACGUUGGUAG